AUGGCUCGGAACUUGGAUAGGAUCCAAAAAUCAGAAAUGAGCCAGACUUUGGAGGAUGAUUUUUUACCACCACCGCCACCUCCUGAUCUGCUUGAAGCUUCUACUAAGCCAAACGUAACAAUGAAAGAGCAGCCUCAAAAAAUCCCACCCCCUCCACAUCAGACUUUUGUCAAGUUCCACCAGCAAAGACAAAUUAACGAAUUGAAGAGGCUUUAUAAGCACAUGCACCCGGAGCUGAGGAAAAAUUUGCAGGAGGUGGUCACUGAGGAUUGGGCCGAAGUGCUGGAUGCUGAACACACGGCUGCUGCCUUAGCAACUGGAGUCUGUGGCAACAGUGAUGCAGCACUUCAAAGUGAGGUCCAGUCCAUGCGUUGGAUAUUUGAUAACUGGCCAUUGGACACAAUUGGAGAUCACCAAGCAACUAAGAAGAUGAAGGAAGAAGAGGCCAUCCUCAGUGGAGACGUGAGGAGCACAUCAUGGAAGUUUGAAAACCAAACAAUAAAUGAUAUUAGUUCCCAGUACUCAGAAUUUUCUGCAAAUUCCAGUGUUGGAAAAGAGCAAACAAAGGGUGAUGUCCGCACGGCUUUGUGGUUGUUUGAAACCCAGCCUAUGGAUUCCCUGAAUAAAAUCUACUCCAAGGAGAAUGAUCUACAAGAAGCAGUUCUGAAGGAACCUGUACAGAAAGGGGAUGUCAGAGGUACCAAAUUAUUAUUUGAGACUCAUCCAUUGGGUGACUUGGGACGGAGCAACUCAAUGGAAGAGAGUAGCUUAUUGCAACUGCGUUCAGAAGUACAGGAGCUGAAAGGGGAUGUGAACAGAACCGUGAAGCUGUUUGAGACAGAACCACUGUGUGCCAUUCGCGAUACCGUCGGCAACAUCCACCAGAUCAAAUCUAUCUGCAGAGAAGAAAUCCAACAGAGUGGUAAUGUCCAAAGCACUCGGUGGUUAUUUGAAACACAACCCCUCAGCAGCAUUAACAGAGAUUUCUCAAGAGUGAAAAUCAUUCGUGGCAUCUCCCUGGAAGAGACCCAACAGGGUGGUGGCGUUGGCAAAAAACGAUGGCUCUUUGAGACACAGGCCUUGGAUACCAUCAACGAGCAGACAGAGGAGGCAGACAGUAAAGCCAGUGUCAGGGUAAUAGAAGGAGGAGAUGUGAAUAAGAAAUGCUGGCUCUUUGAAACUCAGCCUCUUGACUCAUUAAAAGAAAGUCCAUUUGAAGAGGUUGCCAAGGAACAAAUAAUUGGAGGUAAUGUGAACUCUACUCUGUGGUUGUUUGAGACUCAGCCAAUGGAAAUUUUGAAAGACAGCUUUGAAGUUGGCCACUUGAAAAAAGUUAUGACGGAAGAAGAAAGGGGAGAUGUGAAGCAUAAGGCCCAUGUGUUUGAAAGCUACUCUCUAGACAGUAUCAACAAGGAACAAAGUGAGAUUUCCAAUAGCACCAGCGUAUUGGAGAUUCAGAAGGGAGAUGUCAAAGCUUACAAAAAUCUCUUUGAAACACUUCCCCUUGACAGUAUUAAAAAUUCAGAUGAAAUCUCAACUGAGAAUCAUGAAGUCUUGGCUGGAAAUGUAAACGAGAACAGAGUUCUCUUUGAAACUGUCCCCCUUUAUGCUAUCAUGGAUGGCGCAGGCCACUGCCAUCAAGUCAAGACGGUAAGCCGUGAGCAAGUCAUUAGUGGUGAUGUCAAACACUACAAGUGGAUGUUCGAAACCCGCCGCCUGGAUCAAUUUGAUGAAAGUACACAAAAUGUGGAAUUGGUUAAGGGCAUCACGAAAGAGGAGAUCCGAGCCAACAACACGGAGACAACAAGAUGGCUAUUUGAAACACAGCCCCUUGAUGUCAUACAUGCUAAUGUCAACAAAACAGAAAUUCAGACCUCUGAAAAGGAAGAUUUACUGAAAGGUGAUGUGAAGACAUGUAGGUGGCUGUUUGAAACACAGCCUAUGGAUGCUUUGUAUGAAAAAGUCGAAGAUAAGCAGGAUUCUGAAGUGCAACCAAAAGGUGAUGUCAAAUCAUACACCUGGCUCUUUGAAACACAAACACUGGACAGCAUUAAUGAGAAUGAAGAACAACAUCUGAAAGUCUGCAACAUGCAAAUGGAUGAUGUUAAAGGGGUCGAUGUGAAGACUAAAAAACAUCUGUUUGAAACAGAACAAUUUGGAAAUAUUGCUGGGAAAUUAGAUGAGGCUCAGAACAUGAGGUACACAAGUGAGGUGGACAUCCAGUCCGGAAAUGUAUCAAGAGUGAAAGAAAUUUAUCAGAGCACUUCACUCAGUGAAAUAGGUGACGUGGAAGAAAAAAGAAAGAGCUUCACAUCCACACAAAUGGAUUCCCCACAGCCAGAAUCAGGUUGUGUACAUAAGUUCACUUGGCUCUUUGAAAACUGCCCAAUUAGCUCCAUUAAAGAAAUGCCAGAAGAGGCGAUACCCAAGAGUACAAUUACUGAUGUAAAGGGGGGUGAUGUUGGUGGCAAAAGGUUUGUUUUUGAGACCUAUUCACUGGACCAAAUAAAAGAGGAAACUGAUAUGAAGGACUUCAGUUCAAGAAAGGACGAAACUGUUGCCAAGGGUGAUGUGAAGUCAUGCACCAUGCUGUUUGAAACACAACCCCUCUACGCACUUCGAGAUAAGGAAGGCCAAUAUCAUGAAGUUACUACAGCAAAGAAGGAGGAAAUCAUGAAGGGCGAUGUAAGAGGAACUAGGUGGCUCUUUGAAACAAAACCAUUGGACACGAUCAGGCCACUGGACGAAGUAUUUGUGAUCAGGGCUGUCACACAGGAGGACGUGCAUGCAGGAGAUGUGACAGCUGCUCGAUGGAAAUUUGAGACCCAGCCUUUGGAUUCAAUCAGAGAUGAAGCCCAGCUGGGAAUAAAAGUGGUGGAUGAGAUCCAGGGGGGUGAUGUCCAAGCAAACAAGCGACUCUUUGAAGGGCAACAGGCAAACCAGAGAUACGUGAGGAUGGUUAGUGUCAGUGAUGUUCAGAGUGGAGAUGUCAGGACAUCAACUUGGCUGUUUGAAAACCUGCCCAUUGACUCCUUGAAAGGAGAAACUGAAGAAAGCACAGGUACAACAACAGUCCAACGAGAAGAUAUACAGAAGGGAGAUGUGAAGAGAUGCACUUGGUUGUUUGAGUCCCAACCAUUGGACAGCCUAAAAGAUUCAGACAGUUCAACUGGCAAAGAAACCAAGGAAGAAGUGACGUGCACAGAUGUAAAGACUACAACGUGGUUGUUUGAGACAACACCCUUGGACACAUUCAUCCAUGCCCAGUGUAGCACAGAAAGUACCAAGAUGACAAAACAAAGUAUCCAUACAAGCUUGGAAACUCUCAUAAACUGUGGAGCCAUCAAGUCGAGAGGACUUAUUAUUGAAUCGAGUGUGACAGGCAUUCUAAAAAUGGCCAAAUAUCAACUGGUGAGUCAGAAUGAUCCACACAUUCUAAAAGAAGAGGUUAUCGGUGGCAACUUGCAGAGGAUCCUGAUGCAGUUACUUCAGAGAAAGGAAUCCCUUCAUUCUGAAGGUAUUGUGCUGAAGGAAGAUGAAAGUGGAAGGAUUUCUACAAGUAAGAUUCAGCUUUUCUCCCAGUCAGAAGUUAAUAUUAAUGAAGAAUUUGUUAAAGAAGAAAGUACUCAUGCAAUUUAUAGCUUUUUAAUGGAGGAUAGCAAAAUCAAACAAGGGAUUUUGAUUCAGGAAACUGACAAAGGAAUUGCUCAGAUUACCAUAUAUUCUCUAGUUAACCAUCCCCAAAAUAAGGAGGCUGAAAAUGAGACAAUCAAAGGAGAUGUAAAGUCAACAAUUAAUAGUCUUCUUGCUUCAACUCAGCAGCAAACAACAUCAACAGUAAAACGUGAGGAAAAUGAAAGAGGAAAUGUGCAACUUUACACAACAUGUAUUGAAUCAGGGACAUUGGACUAUCUCAGAGGCAAUCAGGAGGAUUCUGAUGAUCCUGAUAUUUCCCCUCAGAAAGAAGAGAUUGUACGUGGUGAUGUAGAAGGUGCCAUCAGGAAUCUGACAGAGAGUAGAGGCCAAAUUGAAAAGACAGUUGAUGAUAUUAUACCAGGUGAUGUCAAAGGAACAAAGAAAUACUUCUUGACAGAAGCACAGAGAAGCCAAGGUAUUGCUCAGAAAGAUGGUGUAUUGGGUGGUGAUAUCAGUUCUGCUGACCAGACCCUGGGGCAAGCUGUGAAUGUGGGAGUGAAAGUAGACAUUGUGCCUGGUGAUGUUAAGACCAUGCUGCAGUCACCGGAGAAUGCAAAAUACCAAACAGAAAAGCCGGAUAAGGAAGAUGUUCUUUGCAGCAAUGUGAAGGACACACUGGCUGCACUGCAGGAAUCAACGUGUGAUAAGAAGGGAGUGAGAAUAAGAGAGUGUACAGAGCCUGCCUUUUGCCCAGUAGGUGAAGCCUCCUUUGCAGUUUCUGAGGUGGGUGCAGCAAAUACCACUGGCCAGGACCUUCAGGCAGCAAUGGACAACCUCAGAGAAGUUACUGCUGAAGCACAUAGCAUACAACAGAAAUCUAGCAUGCAAGGACAUUUCAGGAGUAAUACACAGAGCACGGCACAAACUGAGCAACAUCAUCACCAAGGCAUUCAAUGCAGGAAUACACUGGAGAAAGAAGUGAAGAAAAACAUACAAAUCUCCACACGACAGCAAAGCAGCACAGCGUCAAGACACCAAGCAAGUACCCAAGUGACUGUCACUCAGUACCAACAACCAAAGAGCCAACAGAAUACUCUUCAGGUCAGUGCCUCUGAGGGAACACAAGGACUUAAGUCAUUUGUGGCCUGCUCUAAUGAAAGUCAGAAAUGUGAACAUUUAACUGACGUAGUUAAGAACAGCAGAGGUGAAAUAAGAGCUGCCUCAGAACAAGUGCAGGCUCAUUGUCAGCACUCGUCCAAUAUCUUAGAGAAGGAAGAUUGGGCAGUGGCAGAUCAGGAGAUAAUUGUCAAGGGAGAUGUAAAGUCAACCAUAGAGGCUUUAAAGGAUUCAGUGGCAGAGCAAAAAUCUGUCGAGAAAGAGGAGGUGGUCCGAGGUAAUUUGCAGGCAGCUCUCCAAUCCCUAGGAAAAGCUAAUAUGAACGUAUCCAAAGGUGAUUUUAAAGCCGCCAUGAUAUAUAGAGCAGCAGGCCAGUCACAUUCACGUGACCAAAAGAAGAGUGGUGUUAGAACUGUAUGUAAUCAGAUUUCGCUACCACAGUCUGAUGCUGAGUUUCCUUCUCCAGUUCCAGUGACAAAGUCCACUGCACCGUCGAACGAAGCCUGUGGUCAUCUGCCUGUGGAAGGCAGCCACUUUCCUUUAAAUCAGCCGAGUUCAUCUGCAGUGAAAAAUCCAGCUUCUUCUCAGUUUCCUCCACUACUUCCACCCAAGAUGCAGGAAAAAAACAUCGCAUCUAAACCAUCUGUUGCACCAAAGCCACCUGCCAUCCCUACCAGGCACUUGCCAAUGCAGGGUGGGAAACCUACACUGCCUCCAAAGCCUGAACAUUUGCAAGCAAUCCGUGCUGUUCCAAGUCUACCUACUCCACCAAGAAACCAUGCGUCAGUCACGUCUAAAUCAAAUCCAUUACCCCCUGUUAUGUGUAAGUCACCUCCAGUAAAACCGAUCAGGGCAUCACUUCCUGCAGAAACCACUAAUCCAUCAGGAUGUCAGAACAUGCAGUUAGAAAAGCAACAUGAACAGCUUCAAUUGGGAGAAAAAUCCACCACAAUGGCUUCUUACACCAAAGUAAUGAAAACUCCCUUGCAGUUGGCAGAGGAGAAAUACAAGCAAGGAAAGGAAGGGCACAGCAAGUUAAGUGUAACACCAGAUACAUCAUCACAAGAAAUGCACCAGAGAGGAAGAAACUCCUCUGUAAGCCUUGAUAAUCCCAAUGUCUCAAUGACGAGAGAACCAGAAAUGGUACCAAACAAACUGAAUGCAGCAGAAGUCCAGGGAUUCAUGCAGUACUGUUCAAAAGAAAGCACAGCAAGAACUGAAUUUCAGGAAUGCAGAUCUGCUCUUCAAACAUUUAGUACCCAAAACAAACCAAAUUCUCCUCAAAUGGGCCAGCCAAACAGCCUAGAACAGAAUCUAAUCAUAACCGAGGAGAGAUCUAGUUUACCAAAGAAAGUUAAAACUGCGUCACCAAAAUCCUCAGCCAGGAUCACUGCCCCAAAGGGUUACCAACAGCCUCAACCAUGUGCAGAGUUACACCACCAACAGCUGGUCAAAGCUUCGUUUGAACAAUCAGAGUGUCAAACUGCUCAAUGUCACAGGUGCCCCAACCAGCAUGGGUUCAGCAACCAAGUAUCAGCUACAAAUGACCAACAAGUAUUGUUGGACAAAGAGCAGCAGUGCACCCCACAACCAGAUGCAGUUGUAAUGCGAGGAGACCGACAGCAAUGUAAAGAGACAGAAGAUGAUCGCAGGAAAAGGUUAUCUGUUCACAAGGAGGAGAUAAUGCGAGGAAACGUGAAGGCAGCAAUGGAGAUCUUUGAAAACCUAAAGAAACGAGAAGAAUUGCAGAAAAUAUUGACUAGAGUUAAAGAAUUUGAAGAGGAAACUUUUAAAGUUGAUGUGAAAGGUCUGAAGAGUUUAUUUGAGAAUGUGCCUGAGUGGGUGGUGCCUAAGAAUAAUGUGGUAAAACAACUUAAACCAAUUGACAGCCAGAAGGAUGAGAAGCAGAAUCAGCCUAGAGAAGUCAAAGAUGAAGUAGAAAGUUUGUCUUCGGUGGAACAUGUGUUUGAAGAUCUUGAAAGGGCAAGCGCAGAGAUAACCUAUCUGAAAGAACAGACAUUGGCAAAGUUGUUACACAUUGAGGAAUCCAUUAAAAAAGCUCUCUAUUCGGUUUCCAAUCUGAAAUCAGAGUCUGAUAUUGCCGGACUAUCUGGUCUAUUUGGAGAGUCACUGGGAGCUGCCUCAAACUCCAUCCCUGGCAAUAUUAAGAAAAUCAGUCUGGUCUCCAGCAAGUCAAGCUCAGAAAAGGCCAGGCAAUUGAAAGAAGAUCAGGUUCACAAAGAAUGGUUAGAAAAGUCACAGAAGCAAGCUGGGCCGUCAUUAGAUAUUCCAUCUGUUUCCACCCGUGUGAGCUCUCCAUCAUCUCCUUCCUACAUUUCCAUUGAAUCAGCAGUUAGAAAACCUGCAGAUCCUUUGAAAAAAAAAUUGUCUGCCUCGCAACUUGAGGUGGAGUGCAUUUCACCUUCUCCUCAAAAUCAAGCUGUUCCACCCUGUUCUCCAAAAGUGACAACCUUUGAUGAUUCAUUUCUUUGCAAUGGAUACAAGAGUGCCAGCAAACAGACUGAGACAGCAAAACAACAGUCUGUGCCAAGAAAGGAGUUUGUGCAAAGGGAUUCCAACAAUGAGUACAUUCAAAUGAGCAGAAAGAAAAGCAACAAUAUCAAAGCCGGUGACAGCAUAGCCAACUCACCUACAGGCUGCAUCUCUUUAAGUGGAUUUAAAAGCAACAUUGUUGACAGGACUCAGAGCCCAGUCCCUCAGAGAAGCAAAAGUGUUGUGGAGUUCAAGACAGGGCCUGAUGGAGGUGAAAUAGUUGGUACAAAGACCAUCAUGGAAAAAUAUGAAGAAAUUGAUCGUUUUGGGAAUAAAAUUAUCACAUCAAAAACCUCAACCACUGUUACAAAGCAAUCUGAGUCAACAACCUCAUCAACAUAUGAAGUAGUUCAAGCACCACCCAGGUAUGAUGUUGUUACUUCACCCCUUAAUAGACAUCUGCAGAACCAGACCAGGGCAGCUGAAGAUUCACAACCCAACAUCGAGGAAAAUGGAGUAGUGUUUCUUUCUUUUGGAAACCCCAAUUCAGCAAAGAGAUCUUAG